AUGGAAUAAUUAUAAAGAUAGCCAGCAAAAUAAUUAUAUUUUACAACUGAGUUAUUCAAAAAUAAAUUCAUAACAGAAAAAGAAAAAAUUCAAUUAAAGGAAUUCAUAAUAGCAUAAGAUGAUUUUCUCACAUAAUAUUUUGAUUAAUACGAAAGAAAUGAUAUAACAGAAUAGGAACUAAGAGAAGUAUUUUAUUUUAAUAUGAUUUAGAAAUUAAUCAAAUUAGUUAGGGCAGACUACUUUAAAGAAAAUAAUUUUAAGUGA